GUCCUCAACGCGUGGAUACAUUAACACCGUCCUCCCUCCUUCAUCCAUCUGCUCGAUCAGUUGCGGAUUAUAUUCUCUUGGUGAAUUGGAAUAUCAGCGCUUGUGCGAUUAAGUGCGAUUGUGCCAUAUUCCACCUUAUUCCCGAUCCACCCAUCCAGUGACUGAUCGAUCGAUCGACCGACCGACCGACCGACCAAGCUUCCUGUGACCUACCUCUUCGCAAACCACUCGCUCACUCUUCACCUCCCAGCCAUCCACCCCCAUCUCCACAACAGACACCCCAGAUAUCACAAUGGCAUCAAUCGACUACACCAAAAAAACCAACGCCGAGUUGAUCGACAUCCUCAAGUCGCGAAACCUCCCUCACACCGGCAAAAAAGCUGAGAUGGUGGCCAGACUCCAAGAAGACGAUAACAAGUCUACCACCGCCGAUGCUGCUGCCCCUGCACCCGCCGCGGACGCUACCCCCAGCGCUACCAAGGCUGAUGCUGCGGAUGAUGUAAUUGAUUGGGAGGAUGACGAAGUUCCCGCUGCUACUGCUGAGAAGGCGACUGCGGCGGCCGGCGGAAAGGGAGAGGUGGACACUCCGGCUCAGGUGCCAAAUCAGAAGCAGGAUGUUGAUCCGGCGACCACUCACGAUUUGAAGGUCGAGGCGACCGGAGAGGCUCCGGUGGAGAAGGAGGGGGAGAAGCAGAAGGUCGAGGAUAAGAAGGAAGGGGAGGCGGCUCCUGCUGAGGAACUGAACGCUACAGAGGCCAAGACAGAGGACAAGGCGGAGGCAAAGGAGGAGAAGCCGGUCGUGAGUUAUUCGGCUGGGUUGCCGAUUACGGAGUUGGAGGAAGAGCUCAAGAAGAGAAAGGCGCGUGCGGAAAAGUUUGGCACCACCGAGGAGUCCAAGGCCGCCAUCGAGGCGGCGGAGAAGCAGCUCGAGCGCGCGAAGCGCUUUGGCACCGCCGCGGCGAGUGCCGGCGAGGUGGGUGUCAAGAAGCUGGAUGAGGCGCUGCCCGAGAAGGAGGAAAAGUCGCGCAAGAGGACCCGCCCCGAGAAUGAGCAGGCGGGUCGCGAUGGGAAGAAGAGGGACCUCGGAGGAAAGAACAAGACUCGCGGCCGGGGUCGUGGUGGAAGUCGUAAUCUGCCCCGGGGUCAGGGUCGUCCGCAGAAGCAGCAGAAUGGCGCUGCCCCCGCCGCUGCCCCGGCUGCUGGGAGUAAGCCCAAGAACUGGAGUGAAAAGGAUAUACAGGCUAUGGAGGCGCGGAAGAAGAGAUUUGCUGCCGCGUAAGCCAAUGGGGGGAUGUGAUUUCUGCUAUCUCUUUACAUGUUACUGGCGUUAGGGGAAUUCAAGCUUUGGUCUGAAUGUGCUGUGUCUUGUGUACUGGAGUUGCGGUUGAGGGAUAUUGUGAUAACUGGCUGGAGCCCACUAAGACCCCGACCUGGUCGAUCGGGUCGGCCAUCCAGUGUAACUGGCCAUACGACCCGGCUAUUGGAUCGGACGGUGUGACAAGAACGCAGGGCCAUCGAGGAGAUCCCGACAAGCUCGUUGAUUCUGCCCGGAGAUUUCCCCUGGAUAGGCCAAAGAGCCGUGCAGGGUGACAUGCGUCCAUCGCCCGCGGUUUGCUUUUUCCCAUUGUUUUCUCGUCUUUCUAGUGAUCUCGAACGAGGGAGCGAGCCGAAUAUAAGGAG